AUGUCGGAGGUCAAAGCAGUUGCGGCGGGUAUAGUGAACUUUUUGAAACAACAACUGGAUGGGGACACCCUCAGUCCAGAAUCCCGGGAAAGUAUAGAAGUUGCGGCGCAGUGCAUCGAGACCGCUUACGAACUUACACCUGAGCAGCUCUCUAAGGGAAUGGAUCUAUUGCAAUUAAUGCGGCAACAGACGAGUAACCCUGUAGCUGAUCUAGCAGAGGCCGAGAAACUAAAAAAUGAGGGAAAUGAAUUGAUGAAGACUGAAAACUUUCGCGAAGCUAUGGAAAAGUACAGUAAAGCCAUAGAAAUAGAUCCACGUAAUUCUGUUUACUUCUGUAACAGAGCCGCCGCUCAUUUCAAAUUGGGUGAACAUGAGGGUGCUGUAGCAGAUUGUAUGGCGGCCCUAGCACUGCAACCGAACUACGGCAAAGCACACGGUCGCCUGGGACUAGCUUUAACUGCCUUAGAUAGACAUGUAGAAGCACGCAUAGCCUUUGCUCGAGCUGUACAAUUAGAGCCAGACAAUGAAUCUUAUAAAGACAACCUACGCAUUGCUGAAGAGAAAAUCGCCCAGCGCGGCGGCCGUCCUUCUAUGGACCUUGGCGGUUUGCUGCAAAAUCCAGCAUUAUUGAAUAUGGCAACAGAAAUGCUUUCAGAUCCUAACAUGCAGAACAUGUUAUCAGGAUUGAUGAAUGCCAACACAGGUGCUCCAGCUGCCGGUGGUAUGGGAACUAAUGUUAAUGCGCUACUAGAAGCUGGUCAAGCUUUGGCUCAACAGAUGCAAGCAGUAAAUCCUGAGUUGGUGGAGCAACUAAGGAGACAGAUCCGUCCUCCUCAAGGCACAGGUGGAGGAAAUCCACCCCCUACCUCACAAUAG